AUGGAAGAUAGCGGCUUGGGUGUCUUCUGCUCGGACAGUGUUCUUAUCAAUGGUCGUGGAGCAGUGUACUGCCCAAGAACGGAGAAGAUCUCCAGUCUGGAGCUGUCCUACUUGAAGACCGCCACUGAUAACCAACCAUUGAGUGAUAAGGGCUGCACCCCCACCACAGGAUUGCAUGAGAUUAUCGAGGUUGAUCCCAAAUCCGGUUGGGUCAGCCUAAAAUUCACCAGCGCCGCUUCUCUCAAAUCUCUCAUGUUCUCCAUCGAUGAGCAUCCCAUGUAUAUCUGCGAGGUUGAUGGCAGCUAUGUUGAGCCCCAGCUUGCUCAAAGCGUUACCAUCUUCAGGGGUGAGCGUUACGCGGCUAUUAUCAAGCUUGAUAAGGGUUGGAAAGACUACACUAUUCGUGUUCCCGAUACACAGGGUGACCAGGUUGUUUCUGGAUUUGCUACCAUGAGAUACAAGGGCUCCCAAAACACAACCCAUCUAGGCCUUAUGUUGACUACGGUGGCAGAAACACGUCUGCUUCUGUCAGCUAUCAAGCCCUACCCUCCCGUCACCAUCCCCAAGUCUGCUGACCAGUUGGUCAAUCUGACCCUUGGGCGUGUUGGUUCUGCAUACACGUGGUCUACUUCUGGUGGUGGUUUUUAUGAUAUGAUGGCCAACUGGGACGACCCGAUUCUCUACGAUGUCAAUGCAAAGAACAACUUGGAUCCAAGAGUGACCAUACAGACAAAGAACGGAACCUGGGUGGAUCUGCUUCUUCAGCUGGGUGAAAUGCCCAACACCCCAGGAAUUUAG